GGGAAGAUGGCGGCCGCGGUGAUGGUCGGCACCAGCUUUGCAAGCGCGGAUUUCUCCGACCUGCGGGAGAUCAAGAAGCAGCUACUGGACGUAGCGGAGCGGAGCCGGGAACGUGGCCUGCAGCACAGCGGGAAGUGGGCUUCAGAACUGGCUUUUGCCUUGGACCCUCUGCCCUUGAAUGAGCUGCCUCCUGCGCCUGCACUGACAGAGGAAGAUGCUCGUGAUUUGGAUGCUUACACUCUUGCUAAAUCUUACUUUGAUCUGAAAGAAUAUGACAGGGCUGCUUAUUUUCUCCGGGGCUGCAAGAGUCAGAAGGCCUAUUUCCUAUAUAUGUACUCCAGAUAUCUGUCAGGUGAAAAAAAGAAGGAUGAUGAGACAGUGGAUAGUCUGGGCCCUUUAGAGAAGGGACAGGUGAAGAACGAGGUUCUAAGAGAGUUGCGGGUAGAACUUAGCAAGAAACACAAAGCCCGAGAGCUGGAUGGAUUUGGUCUUUAUCUGUACGGAGUUGUGUUGCGAAAGUUGGAUCUAGUGAAAGAGGCCAUCGAUGUGUUUGUUGAAGCAACCCAUGUUUUGCCAUUGCACUGGGGGGCCUGGCUGGAACUUUGUAACUUGAUCACCGACAAAGAAAUGCUGAAGUUCCUGUCCUUGCCAGAUACCUGGAUGAAGGAGUUCUUCCUGGCACACAUCUACACAGAGCUGCAGCUGAUUGAGGAAGCAUUGCAGAAAUAUCAAAGUCUUAUUGAUGCUGGAUUUUCCAAGAGCACAUACAUCAUCUCCCAGAUUGCAGUGGCCUAUCACAAUAUCCGAGAUAUUGAUAAAGCUUUGUCCAUCUUCAAUGAACUAAGAAAACAAGACCCUUACAGGAUAGAAAAUAUGGACACCUUCUCUAAUCUGCUCUAUGUCAGGGGUAUGAAACCUGAACUGAGCUAUUUGGCCCACAAUCUAUGUGAGAUUGACAAGUACCGCGUUGAGACCUGCUGUGUAAUUGGGAAUUACUACAGUUUGCGCUCACAGCAUGAGAAAGCAGCACUCUAUUUUCAAAGAGCACUGAAGCUGAAUCCUCGGUAUCUUGGAGCAUGGACCCUGAUGGGGCAUGAAUACAUGGAAAUGAAAAACACAUCGGCAGCUAUUCAAGCAUAUAGGCAUGCCAUUGAAGUGAAUAAAAGAGACUACAGAGCAUGGUAUGGGUUGGGGCAAACAUAUGAAAUCCUCAAGAUGCCAUUUUACUGCCUCUAUUAUUAUCGACGAGCCCAUCAGCUCAGACCCAAUGAUUCCCGCAUGUUGGUUGCACUUGGAGAAUGUUAUGAGAAAUUAAAUCAGCUAGUAGAGGCCAAAAAGUGUUAUUGGCGAGCGUAUGCAGUAGGAGAUGUAGAAAAAAUGGCACUUGUGAAACUAGCCAAACUUCAUGAACAGUUGAAUGAAUCAGAGCAAGCUGCUCAGUGCUAUAUCAAAUACAUCCAAGAUAUCUAUUCCUGUGGGGAAAUAGUGGAGCACCUGGAAGUGAGCACCGCCUUCCGCUACCUGGCUCAGUACUAUUUCAAGUGUAAACUUUGGGAUGAAGCUUCAGCCUGUGCUCAGAAAUGCUGUGCAUUCAAUGAUACAAGAGAAGAAGGGAAGGCCCUCUUGCGGCAGAUCUUACAGUUAAGAAAUCAGGGGGAGACAUCAUCUACAGAGAUUGGCACACCCUUCUUACUUCCUUCUUCGCUUUCUGCCAACAACACUCCAACACGCCGCGUGUCACCACUGAACUUGUCUAAUAUUACACCUUAAAGUAUACGUGCUUCCCUAAGGUGGCCUGAGUUGAGUGGUAACCCCCUGGAGUUUGGCUUUUUCCUUUGAGGAGUGCCACUUUAGGGGGAGUUCUGAAUUCAGUUCUGUUUUCUUUGGAGGGCUGAAUGCUGAUAGACCCAUUUUUGGGAAUAACUAUGGCACUGCACCUGUCAAAGGUUAGUGGCUCAGACUGCAUACUGAGUGAACUGAAUCCACUCUGACCUCCUUCUCUUACUAGUAUGAUCUCAGUGGAAGAUGAGUAGGUCUAUUUCUAUACAACAGAAUGUUAGGGUUGCUUUACUGGCGCUUUUCACUACAUUCCUUUUUUCCAAUGCAACAUAACAUGAAGUGUGUCAACUAGCCAACAGAAUGAGGCAAAGUUGUGCCUCAAGUCUUUCUGGAAUGGCCGUCAGCUCCUUUUGCUUUUUUAUUACUAAACUUUGAACAAAACUGCUACCUUGGAUUAAGACUGAAAAAAAGGAGUGUGAACAGCACAGAAAAGAUAAUCUGUUUUAGCACAAAGUUUUUUUUAAUCCAGUCUUUACAACAGUUAAUGCUGUUGUGCAGCUAGGUAACAGCAGUGAAGGAACUACCAUCUGUAUUUAAGCCAACAAUGUAGCAUUGGACCUGUUUUUCCAUAUGUACUGGCUCUAGGAACACCAGUUUCUUCUUGAAGACAGGCAAAACACCUUUAUUUGCUCAGGAAUAAUAAUUGUUCCUUAUGAGAAACUGUUCAAAUUCUUUGAAAUAGGGGCUUGUUUGCAGUGUCCUCCUGGAACCAUUGACUAUGAUCUUAGAGGCUGUGAUCAAUCUUAUUAUGUGAUAAAGUAGAACAUCAAUGGGCCAGCUUCAGCCAGUGAUGGAAGAACUCAGGAAGCAGAGUGAAGAUUAAUUUUCUGUGUCUUAGCUAGUAAUACCAUCCAACAACCUUAAAUUCUAAUUCCAUCAUUAAAUUGUUAUUAGCACA